UGAGUUGGUCCACUUCAGAUCCACAGUUCAACAGUCCCACUGCUGCUGACCAAGAUGAAGCUGCUCCUCAUCCUCUGCUGGGUCCUCGGGGUCUCUGCUGACGUUCUACAUGAAGAUCUUUGGAUCAUUGGAUGUUCAGACUCUGAUGGAGAGCACAUGUACACUCUGGAAGGAGAAGAAGUCUGGUACGCAGACUUCAAGAAAGGGGAAGGAGUGAGGCCUCAGCCAGACUUCAUAGAUCCUAUCGACUACCCAGGAGCUUAUCAAUUUGCUGUGAAUGAGCAACAGACCUGCAAACAGAACCUGAACACUGUUCGUGAAGCGGAGAAGGACCUCCCUCUGGAAAAUGAUCCUCCUUCCAGUCUGAUCAUCUACAGUGAAGACUACCUGGAACUGGGAGUGAAGAACGUUCUGAUCUGUCAUGUUUCUGGUUUCUAUCCGGCUCCUGUCAACGUCUCCUGGACCAAGAACGGAGAGAAGGUGACUGAAGGAACCAGCAUCAACCGUCCUUUCCCCAACAAAGACGGUUCCUUCACCCAGAUCUCCAGACUGGAGUUCAUCCCACAGCAGGGAGACAUCUACAGCUGUUCAGUCGAACAUCUGGCCCUGGAGCAGCCACUGACCAGAAUGUGGGAUGUGGAGACCACCCAGCCAGGUGUUGGACCUGCAGUGUUCUGUGGAGUCGGUCUGACCAUCGGUCUGCUCGGUGUGGCAGCUGGAACCUUCUUCCUCAUCAAAGGAAACGAGUGCAGCUGAUUGGUGGGGGCUGAUGAUGUCAUCAGUGUGUGGUGUGAAGUCAUCAUAACAGAAUCCAGAUGUUUCCUGUUGAUUGUAAAUGAUGUCACUGAGCUUCCUGCUUCUGAAUCCUGUUAACCUCUGAUUAAAGUCUGAAGAACCUCUUACAUGUUUCCAUCAGCUUUACUGUUCUCUGAUGGUCUCUGAUGUUCUCUGAUGUUCUGCUGCAACAAUAAACUGAAAUGAGUCCAAAUCAAA